AGGUCUGCUGACUUAUCCCUCCCCAAAAGCGAAGGUCAGUCAUGUGCUCAUCACUCAUGGUUCAGGAUUCCACACUCUUUCCUGAGUCAUUUGCCCCUCUGCGUGAGGAUAUAAAGUGCCAAACUACUCGCUAACAUCACAGUUGCUUCUGAUAUAACGGCACAGACUUUCCAGACUCCUCAGAUCGGACUUGUCACCAUGAGUACCGGAGGCUUAAGCGAAGACAAAAUUUCUGCUACUCCAGAAAUUCAGGAGCUGGCUGACCAGACAAAAGGUGAAAUAGAACAAAAGGAAAACAAGAAGUAUUCCAUUUUCAAGGUUAUUAAAUACAAGACACAGUUGGUUGCUGGAACGAACUACUUCAUUAAGGUUGAUUGUGGUCAGGGAGAAUAUCUGCACCUGCGUAUCUACGAACCCCUUCCUCAGUCUGGUGAAAAGAUCUCUCUGACUAGUUACCAGACGGGAAAGACAGCAAAUGAUCCGCUGAUCUACUUCUAAGAGCCUUCGGCUGCCUUGUUCUUUUGCUGUGAACCAGUUGGCUGCAGAUUAACAAAUGAAGAAAACCAGAAAAUGGCCUGAAAUGUUUUGGGAAGUUUGCAGUUUAGUUUUGCGUUCCAUGGCACUCAAGGCAUUUACAGUAGUAGAAGAAAUAUGUACGCUAAAGUAAAAUAGUGGCAAUUGAAUAAAGCUGGACCAAUUAAA